UUUAUUGACAGGGAAAUUAGCAUGGUUUCAGAUUGAGAGUCCACUGAGAUAUUCUUUGGUUAACGACUCUUCAAAGUAUCAUGAUCAAGUACUGUUGUAAUGGAACACUUCUUUAACCGUAGACCUACUAAAGGAUACAUAGACUAUGUUGAGUUAGAAAUCCAGGAGAAAGAAGGAGGAACAAGGGAUGAAGAGGGUGACGUCACAGUUCCUUAUCAUAUCAGCAAAGCUGCUUGUUAUGUAGAGGACGCCAGAGAUGGAAGGCUUGCUAACGGAAAGGGGAAGAUGUCUGACAUGUCCCACAAAAUACAGCUGUGUUUCUUUAUUCAGACCCACACGUGGUGGUCAAGGUUCAUCUACAUCUGCAUUGUCUUCAUGUCACUUCUCGUUUUCUUCGAGCCCCCCUCUUCUGCAGCCAUUACCUUCUGUACACACGAGAUUUUUAAAUUUACCAAAGACAAGAAAUGUACAACACAUUGUAGGGACGAUCUUACCAUUCCUUGGCAGGAGUGGACUCUAUUUAUUGAAAUCCUCAUGAUAACGGUAUUCAUAUCAGAUGUCUUAAUGAAGCAAGCCUACAUGAAACCUCGGGUAUAUUGGACUAAGAAGUGGCACAAAAUCUCAGGGUUUUUUAUUGUGAUGUUCAUAUUAGACUGGCUUAUCUUCGUGAUCAUGUACAGCGUCACCAAAAGUGGGAUACGGUUCAGCAGACCUUUUAGACCAGUUCUACUCCUUACGAGAUACCGAGAAUUGAGGAGAAUUCUGGAGACAUUACUGUCAAUGAAGAAAGAUCUUAUCCGGCAAAUUGCUCUCAUCGUUGUUUACAUCGUCCUUUUUGCCUGGGUCGGGGUGACGCUCUUUGGGGAUACAUAUCACUUCACGUUCGAGUGUGUAGACCUCAACUACCAGGACGUGAAGGAAAAUCUAAAGAAAAACCCCAAACACUGUAUGGAGAAUAUUUGCUGGGACACUACCAAAUACCCAUUUUGUGUGUGUGGUGUCCAGCAGUUUAACUGCACUUUAACGGGUUGUGAUGACGACACUAACAAGUUCAAUAAACACUAUCUGCCAGACGAUUACAGUGUCUAUAAUGGGUCCUUUAGUCAAAUUUUGAUUGGAACGGUGAGGCUGAUGGUGCAGCUUUCGACUGAGAACUAUCCUGAUUUGAUACUGCCAGCCUACAAACAAGCAAAAUUUAAUACUUUUUACUUCAUACUGUUCAUGUUUAUCGGAAUGUUCUUGCUAAUGUCAGUCCUGCUGGCUGUGAUUGUAGAAUUCUGGUUAACUUACUUAAAGAAGACCAACGAUAACGAGAAGCGGAAAGAGCGUCUGGGGAUCACAAAGGCUUUCGCGUGGAUUGAUGCAGAACGAAACUAUUGCAUCGACGAGAAGUCGUGGAAUCAACUAAUCCUCCUGUUGAAGAAGGAUUUCACCAAAACGCAGAGUCAGUUCAUGUUUGAUAUGUUGGAUUGGGAGGAUAAGGGGUAUCUUGAUGCUCUGGACUUCCUGGACAUUACAGAAGCAUUGACUUUACGAUAUAAUGUCAGGAACAUGGCUAGUUCCAUUGAAAAUACAAAAUAUGGAGCUAUUGCUAGGAAGAUCCUAGGAUUUAAGUACACUUUCAACUGCCGCGGUUUUAUCAAGAAAAAGACCAUCAACAUAGCUAAGAUUGCAUUUGGUGUAGUUGUCCUCCACACUAUCCUAGCACUUGUCUGCACUCUUCACCAACUAAACCUAAUAGAUAACACCACUAAGACAAGUCUAAGGAUGAUUAACAGUUUACUGAUAAUUCUGCUGGUGAUAGAGCAGGGUAUGAGACUCUUUUCCAAAGGCUUCCAUAGCUAUCUCCAAAACUUGACAAACAGAUGGGAAAUUAUUACGGUUGCUGUGGCUUUCUUUUCCAUGAUCGGCUAUUGGAUCACAUGGGGGAUGACUCAGAACGAAGGUGAUAAAAGAAGCAUGAUGUCUACGGUACUGGAUCUGUUCCAGAUAGCGUGGGAGUUGUUGAUAAUCCUUAGACCUAGUAUCUCGGGAACUAUCAUCAUUUUCUUCUACAAGGUUAUCAAUGUACUGGCGGAGCUGUUCUUCUUCAUCAUUAUCAUUGUUUACGUGUUCGGCGUGAUAGGACUGGAACUAUUUGCAGUUCACAGUAACCAACCUGAUGAAAAUUACUUUCAACAAUACGGCUGUGGAAUUGGUUUUCAAUCCCCGGGUUGUGCCAGUUUGACUAUGUGGCAGCAAAUAACAACCAGUAACUGGCACGACAUGAUGAAUUCAGUCGCUCAGGCCUCUGGAAAUUGGGCUUACUUAUACUUCUGUAUCUUCUACUUAACCAUAAACUUGGUUUUGUUAGAUUUGACCAUCGCCAUGACAAUUGAAAUGUACAAUGCGAUAAAGUCGCAGUUCUUUACCACAAACAAGUCAAGUGAUGAAGGAGAAGAAAGUGAAGGGGUUGUAUUUCAGAUUCAAAGCCAGGCCUCCUAUUUCCGCCAUAACGAGAUCACGGGAGGUGGCCUACCAGAACGCAAGAAAAGUUCUGUCCCUGUUUCGGACUUGGUUUACAGGUGACAAAAAGCAGCGGUGGAUCGUGGAGGAAAAGUGUCUUGGAUUCUGACGCCGGCAAAAUCAACACAGACGACCUGGAAAAAAUCCAGAAAAGCAUGGAUGGAGAGAAGAUUGGGCACGGAAAGGACAAGGGCAAGUUGUACAUCAACAGCAAGGACUGUGAUGUGAAUGUGCGCCAGAUGUACGUGGAGAAACAAAACGAAUCUAAGAGCUUGGACCAGCCGGAGUGUGUUUUGCACUUUUGGUUCCCUAUAUUUGACCACCAGGACCAAGAAGUUGGAGAAAUGAUCAUGGAGAUGAAGGAUCAUCACUCACACGAUUGCAAUAUCAAGUUAAACUUCGAUAUUAGCGAUCCUUCUCUGCACCCACAGUUUGGGAAAAUUUGCUGUGUGGUAAACGGUGAAGAGCAAAUAUACAUGGAGAACAUUACUUUUCUGAAUAAAGAAAGAGAUGGACUGAUUAAUACUGAUCAUGAUUGGCACGGCUUCCAGGCUAUGCACUGGACCAUCAAAAAAUCACAGCGAGUUCAACUUAAAAAGGAUAACAUAAAAGUCCAGGUCCAUUUGAUCGACAUAAACAAUCCUGGAAUGGAAUUGAGUGAAGAGGAGGCACAGAAGAUGAUCCUAACCGCUCAUAUAAGAGGAUAUGACGUGGAACGAAAGCGUUGGGACGAUAAACAAAAGGAAAUCAAACAGACCAGGAAAACAUUCGGAGAUAUUUCGUUCUUGCUGCAGAAGAAUGCAUACAGAGUUGCCAUUAAACAGAACUUCUGGACUGAAGGUCAGGAUACUGAAACACAGAAAGAAGACACAGAAAAAGGAAAACGGGACAAGACAAGCCAGAGACCAGUUUACGUUAUGAACAAAGACAGUGACGACAUAAAACAAGACAAACCAACCUCAGCAUGGAAACGGUGUCUGACAAUCGAGAAGGCAAUAACAACCCUGAAAAGAGAAGAAGCAAAGGGGGCGAUACUAAAGGUGGCUCAACGAGUGUCAGUUCUCUCAAAUAUGAUAUCCAACCCAGCGACUCGCUCCAGGCUUCUGGGUGGGAAAGAUCUACCGCCAGGAAGUUCCUUAAAAAGCUCCCCUCAAUCCCACCAAGAAGUAUGUCUCUUACUAAUACAAUGAUAGGGGCUGCGAUGAACCCUGUCACUAAGGCAAAACUUUCUACUCUGUCCGUCAGGCGCCAAACUCGGUCACAGUCAAAAAGCCUGAGUCCGAGUCCUUCAAUACUAGAGAAGAUCCUCUGGACAGAUCCAAGAAGCUGGUUGAAACGAGAACACAGAACAGCGAAGAGAGCGAAAGUUCGGAUGAAAUUCGUAGUGAUGAUAACAGCGAUGAUAACAGCGAUGGUGCUGAUAGUGAUGCUAGUAAUGACUCCGACUCCAGCAGAGAAGUUGACGAGAGAGCGAGGAAGGGUAGCAAUGGCAGCAUCUACGGCAUGUUUAAGUUAGGAAUCAAAGCAACCAGAAGAAGUCUAACUCCCAGUCCAAGUCCAAGUCCAUACAGCCUUCAACCUCCUGAUUCUAGUGACCCUCAAACAUCGCCUGUUUCUGCAAAAAGCUGUUUAGAUGUGGAUCCCUUACUCAAAGUACCCCUCUCUAAAGGUGCCUCCAAGUCCUUCCCUUCCAUGACACCCGAACCAAAAACAAAGGACCUUGUCCUGAACAAACUGAAACGUGCGGUUAGCAGUAAGACAGGUGUGUCUAAAAAGGAUCAAAAGAAGUCACCAACAGGACUGACUGUUGUGAUAACUGCUCCAGAUCAGGGUCAAGUUGCAGCAGAGGUCGAGGAACCAUGACUCACAUCGAAGUAACAAGAACCUAAUCAGCGCCACCAACAUCACAUAAAGUCUCAGGAGAAGCUAGUUGGAGAGGUUAUCAAAGUAAUUCACAAAAUGAAGGGCAAAACGCCACUUUAUUAUAAACUAUUAUAUUCGAUUAUAUUUUGAAAAUGUCAAGUUGAAGUGUAUGAUUUAAGAUGAUGUAAAGUAAUAUUCGUUUGGCUAUUUUCUAGUCUUUGAUGUAAAUUCAGUUAUAUAUUGUGACAGUAUCAUUUAUUAAUAGUAUUAUUUUCUUAUUUCUAUCGAGUUUUUGAUGCCGUGUAAUAAAUUGGGAAUAUAAUUGUUUCACUAAAAAUACGAUUAGAAGCUCCUAUCAACGUCAUCCAACCCUUUGACUUAGAGCUCCAGAGCGUCUUGAGUCUUGACCCGGUACAAAUUUGUGUAUACCAAAUUUUUUUGCCAGUAACUUCAGUCACUUCGACUUUUUAUUUGUGUUAUGAAAACAGUUCAGAUAUAAAUAUGAUUUUGUGGAAUUUGUCAAGUUUUUAAUUUGAGGGUUUAUAAUCAAAAGUCAUUUACUAUGUAUAGUAAAUGUAUACAUGUAUACAUGUUUUUUUUACUAAGUUUUAAUUUUAUUGACGUCAGUUCCAUUUCUUAACAUGAUUAGUUUAUUCAAAACAGUUUCUUGUAAAAUAAAUCGUAAUAUAUAACAUUAAGGUGAUGACAAUAAUCAAAUGGUUUUUCGUUAUCAGUUUUACACCGUAGAA